CUUGUUUAUAGUUCAUCCCGAGAUCUCUUAGAGACCGGUCAUGUAGCGCACAGUGACAAAACCAAAUAAAUAUUCUACCUACCAAAUUAAAACUCAAUGUAAUUAUUGAUCAUAAAAUUUCAAUAAGUACCUAUUUAGUUAGACAGUGAAAAGAGGAAACAGUAUAAAACAACAUGAGGUUUCAGAUUUUAUUGACAAUAGUCUGCUUGACAAUAAGAAUAGAUUCCCAAAGUCUGAAACAGACACGGACUUCCAAUAGAUAUGACCCUGGAUCUGAACAGUUAUUUUUCGAAGAUAAUUUGCCCAGAAGUUAUAAUAUUAACAACGUGAAUCAAAGUAGUGACGACGCAAAAGCAAGCUUACAACAAGCGCAGACGCAGUCUCUUAAUGACAGUCACUUGCGACCUGAUCAACAAGUACAACGAAACGCAAGAAAUGAUAACAAACAGGAUGGAGGGUAUAAGAACGUAAAUAAACCAGCAAUUCAAAAUGGUAACUUACAGAAUCAGUACCAAACAUUUAAUCAAAACGAAAACUUACACAGUGAAACAAAUCAUUUACAGAAUCAGUAUAACAAUUUGAAUCUGCCAUUAAAUCAGAAUAAUGUUCAAAACCAAAAUCAAUUCAAUCCAAAUUUGAACCAAAAUCCGAACUACCAAUUUCAACAAAGUAUAGAACUUGCACCGCCUUUGCAAUCAAGUCAAGAUUACUAUUCCAAGCAAAAUUUAAUGCAAUCAAACAUCGGUGGUGACAACAGACAUACAACUCGAGCCGACGUUCCUCUAUCCCAAAGUUCUCAGCAGGUGAAUUUGACGCAGGAUGUGAAACUUGCGUCUGCGGUUAUCUCACAUGUUGGUAUUUUUAUGAUGAAGAGUGCAAGAGGGAAUCAAUCAAACGUUGUAGUUUCCCCAAUGUCCGUGGUAAAUAUGCUGGCGCUCCUGCAAGCUGGCGCCACGGGCGUGACUCAAGAACAGGUCUCGAAUGCAUUGAGAUUGUCUCCAGCGAAGUCAGCAGAAGCCUUUCGACUUAUGAACACAGCCUUCCGGAAGCGAGGUACCGAACGAAACAUUUUGCGAUCGGCAAGCAGUAUUUUCGCAGCAGAUUCAUUCGAGCUUAGUCGUGAUUUCAAGAAUUUUGCCAUUGAAAACUUUGACAGCGAAGUAUCAAGAAUCAGCUUUGAUAAUCCAAAUGCUGCUGCCCAGAAGAUAAACUCUUGGAUUGCUAGUAAGACAAACGACCAGAUUGAUAAGCUGGUAUCACCAGAUUCCAUCGGUGUUAACACCCAACUCGUGCUUGCCAAUGCGAUAUACUUCAAGGGUAUAUGGGAGACCAUGUUCAAACCAUCAGAAACGUCACUACAGGAGUUUAAUCUGAGCAAUGGAAGCAAAAAAUCUGUUCCGUUCAUGACGCUGCGAAGUGGCUUCAGGGCUGGUUUAGAUAAGGCUAACAAAGCCAUUGUUAUCGUUUUACCUUUUGAGAACAAUGAAUAUUCUUUAGUGAUGUUGCUGCCCGUUCCUGGUGCAGACGUAUCAGCUGUGUUGACGUCACUCGACGGCGAAACUCUAGCUAACUACCAGAACUUACGGCGCCAGGACGUUCUUCUCGAAAUACCGAAGUUCACUGUUCGUAGUAACGCUAAUCUGCAACCGAUUUUCGCGAAGAUGGGAAUUACAAAGAUGUUUACUCCAACUUCGGAACUCAGCAACAUCGGUCUGUACCGCGCCACCUCGCCCCAAGUCUCCUCGGCGGUUCAUUCUGCCAUGAUGUCAAUAGAUGAACGCGGCGCCACAGCCGCCGCAUCUACAGUGGUUGCAGUCGUAGCGUUGUCAUUCGACAAUCCGUCCGUUGUGUUCAGGGCAGAUCGGCCGUUUUUAGCUGUGCUGUGGGAUAAUCAGCUAAACGUGCCUUUGUUUAUGACUAAGAUUGAAGACCCUUCACUGUAAAUUUAUAUCUUGCCGAUUUUUGUGACGUUAUUUUAAGGUAAUGCUAAAAGUUGUAGGUAAUUUUCUUUACGAGUCAUGUAGUCAUGAAUGAGGAGGACUUUGAAAUUAACACAAUGUAAUUGAUUGGCUCGUAGUACCUAGUGUUACUGAAAUACUCGUAUAUUUUUAUAAAUGCCUAUACAAUAAUUAGACUCUGUUCGAAAACAGAAGAGUGGUGCAUGGAAUGUGCCUAUUGGGUGCCAUACAUACCACGACUCUUCUCUUUUCGCACAGAGUCUAUAGGUUUAGAUUUAUAUACACAUUACAAUAAAUAGUGCACAAAUGUUUAUAUUUUAAAGUUAGGUGUACGUAAGCCAAUAACAAAUUUUGGAUGUCAACAUGCCUAUAACAUGGAAAUCCACUUAAGAUAAGAUUAAACUCAGGAAGGAUACUAGUUAAAUAGGUAAAUAAAAGCUGUAAUUUUCAACUUGAAUAUUUCAUAA